UUUCCUGCGUAGAUAUUUUUCGGAUCCUUUUGGAGACACAAACACAAGAGGGCAGACUUCCUUUCCAAUUUUAUCCGUGCGUGUGUCCAUCUGAGACGUCAACAUGCCGAGAGUGGUGUGCAGCAAAACCAGCGUGACGCCAAGACGUCCUUUUGAGAAGGAACGUCUUGACCAAGAAUUGAAGCUGAUCGGCGAGUAUGGGCUGCGUAAUAAACGUGAGGUUUGGCGUGUGAAGUACACCCUGGCCAAAAUCAGAAAGGCUGCUCGUGAUCUCCUCACACGUGAAGAGAAAGAUCCUAAGAGGUUGUUUGAAGGUAAUGCAUUGCUGCGUCGUCUGGUCCGCGUCGGAGUACUUGAUGAGGGCAAAAUGAAACUUGAUUACGUCCUGGGUCUGCGAGUGGAAGACUUUCUUGAACGUCGUCUGCAAACGCAAGUGUUCAAGUCUGGUCUGGCCAAGAGCAUUCAUCACGCCCGCGUACUCAUCCGACAGCGUCACAUUCGCGUCCGUAAGCAGGUCGUCAACAUCCCUUCCUUCAUUGUUCGUCUGGAUUCCCAGAAGCACAUUGACUUCUCUACACGUUCUCCUCUCGGUGGUGGACGUCCUGGCCGUGUGAAGCGAAGGAACAUGCGUAGAGCUCAAAGUGGUGGUGGUGGAGAAGAGGAGGAAGAUGAGGAUUAGAUGCAAUGCUGAGGAAGAGGAAGAACUCUCUGAGAAAUAACAUCUUCUCUUGACUCUAGACCAUCUUGGAUAUUAUGGCAAUCUCAAGAUGUACAAUAUCUUGUGAUAACUUGAAUAUUAUAGAUCACAACUUUCACAGAAUGAGAAAUGACAGUCAAUAUAAUCCUUCUGUUGAACUGUAGUAUUUUGUUCCUUUCAAUCAUUGACCAACACCAAGGACUUCAAUGUCAAUCUCUUUUCAGUUAAGCAUCUUAGAACUCAGAUCUUCUUUGUCAGAAAUAAAGUAAAUUGCGUUCUUUAUUCUGUUGUUAUAAUGUCACUGUCUUUGAAAUGACAAUGUUGUUGUAAUGUCACUGUCUUUGAAAUGACAAUGUUGUUGUAAUGUCACUGUCUUUGAAAUGACAAUGUUGUUGUAAUGUCACUGUCUUUGAAAUGACAAUGUUGUUGUAAUGUCACUGUCUUAAAAUUGACAUCAUCUUUAAAGGACACUAUCUUUGUAUCAAUAAUGUCUUUGAAUUGUCAUUGUCAUGUUCUUUCUUAAACAUCCAAUAAAGCAGCUUGACUCCUCAGGCAAAUCAGAAAAGUAAAA